UUGGUCGACGUGAGCUCGAGAGCGAGGUGGUUUUUGUGUAAAACUAUCGAACUUCGGAAGUUUCUUUUUUUUUUUUUGAAAGAACGAUGUCGUCUUCCGAAGAGCAACUUUGUGGAGCUCGACAACAGGACGACAUUUUCUUGGCUCCGGCUGCGUUGUUGUACACGGAAGACAACCAGAGGCUGACUGGUCGCCGAGAGGAACUUCCCCCCCGGCUGGAAGCAGGGAGCUCCGAUUUGGAGCGGAAGCGUCCACAGCCACCCCGCGGUAAAGAGGAGGAGCCCCAGCACCAACACAUCAAAGAGGAAGAGGAGGAGUUUGACGUCAGCGAGUUGCCACUGAACGUCGUCGUUGUGAAGAGCGAAGAUGAAGAAGACGAAACAUCCGAGUGGUCACAGCCUCACCAUCUCAGUCCAAGGGGAGGACCACCACCAGCAGACAACCUGUCAGCUCCACUGUCACAUAGCCAAGAGACAGAAGAACCUUUGACGAGCGAGGCACACUUCGGAGGUGACGACAAACGCUUGAAAUGCUCUGAAAAGGAGACAACUCACGUGAGACCUCACACACAGAAAGACGAUUUUAUUUGCUCAGUUUGUGGUAAAAGCUUUACCAAGGCGUACAGGAUUCGACACAUGAGGACCCACACGAGAGAAAAAACGUUUAGUUGUUCAGUUUGUGGCGAAACAUUUGCAGAAAAGGUCUCUUUAAUUGUACACAAAGUAACACACACGGUUGAAAAUCCUUUCACUUGCUCAGUUUGUGGCAAAGUGUAUUUGAUAAAAGACCAUUUGAACAAGCACAUGAGAACGCACACGGGAGAAAAGCCUUUCACUUGCUCCAUUUGUGGUAGACAGUUUGCUCACAAGCCCACUUUGAUUGCACACACAGCGACACAUACGGGGGAAAAACCUUUCACAUGCUCGGUUUGUGGCGAAAGCCUUUCUUAUAAGCACAGUUUGAAUGCGCACAUGCGGACGCACACGGGAGAAAAACCCUUUAGCUGCUCAGUUUGCGGUAAAGCAUUCCCUCAAAAGCAAAACAUGAUCAAACACAUGAGAACGCACACGGGAGAAAAACCUUUUUGUUGCUCAAUUUGUGGCGAUGCAUUUGCUCAAAGCUUCUCUUUGAGCGUACACAUGCAAAAACACACAGGAGAAAAACCCUUCAGUUGCUCAGUUUGCGGUAAAAUAUUCUCUCAAAGCAUAAACAUGGUAGCUCACAUGCGGACACAUACGGGAGAAAAACCUUUUGGUUGCACAGUGUGCAAUAAAAUGUUCUCUCAAAGGGCACACUUGGUCGGACACAUGAGAACACACACAGGAGAAAAACCUUUCACUUGCUCACUUUGUGAUAAAAGCUAUUUCAAGAAGUGCAGUUUAACCAUACACAUGCGGAAACACAACACAGAAUAAAUGUUUUUCUGCCUUAUUUCUUUCUUAAUCAAUACUUCACAGUUGAUCAGUUGUAUGAUGAAUGAACUCGAAAUGAAGUGUCAAUCAGGGAAGCAUAAGUCUGAUCAUCAAUAUUCAUACAGUGGUGCCUUGAGAUACAAGUGACCCAACAUAGAAAUUUUUCGAGUCAUCGUUCAGACGAUUUUUUUUUUUGCUUUGAGUUGCGAGUGCAAACUUAAGAUGCGAUUGGCUGUAUGGUGGCAGUGAACUCAAUUCACUUCACAAAAAGAGCAAUUUGGCAUGUGGUAAACAAUUCUCCCCAAAAAGAGGCUUCAAGCUGUUUAUUGUCAGUUCCAGUUAAAGUUGGCCAUCAAACUAAACAUUAAACAAAGAUUUAUGUUGGGUAUUUAAAACAACUGCAUAGCUUAAGUCUGCCUAUGCUAACACAUAACAGAAAACAUCAUUUUCCAAUAAAAAAUAACUGAAUAAAAUAAAUUUCCGGGGCGGCACGGUUUGACUGGUUCUGCCUCGCAGUUCUGAGUUCAUUGGUUCCAAUCCCGUCCCCGCCUGUGUGGAGGUUGCAUGUUCUCCCCCGUGCCUGCGUGGGUUUUCUCCGGGUACUCUGGUUUCCUCCCACAUCCCAAAAACAUGCAUGAUAGGUUAAUUAAGGACUCUAAAUUGCCCGUAGGUGUGACUGUGAGUGCGAAUGGUUGUUUGUUUGUAUGUGCCCUGCGAUUGGCUGGCAACCAGUUCAGGGUGUACCCCGCCUCCUGCCCGAAGAUAGCUGGGAUGGGCUCCAGCAUGCCCGCGACCCUGGUGAGGAGAAGCGGUACGGAAAAUGAAUGAAUGAAUAAAUUUUCUUGUUUUUUUUUUGGGGGGGGCUGAAACAGAUGACUGGAAUUUCCAUUUGUUUCAAUGGAAGAAAAUGAUUUGAAAUAUAAGUGUUUUGAGGUUCGACCAUGGUCAUGGAAGAAGUUAAACUCGUGUCUCAUGGCACCACUGUACUUUUUAUUUAAAAUGAGUUAAAAUGCCUUUAUGAAUCGUCUUUUAUGGUUUGUUACUCAGUUGUUAUAUUUACUGUUUUCUCCGUGGGACAUGAACAUGUUAUUGCACUUAACAUUGUAUUUUCUUUGUCUUGUCUUAGAUUCUUGUAUUUUAAUGUGUUGUAGCUAUGUUUUGUUUCAUGAACUUUCGUAACAAUUCAAAGGUGAUCUUUUUGUUGGUCAUAAUCUUUGCAAUAAAGACGAUACUGUACAGAUUCGGA